AACCGAUUCGUACAUCAUUCGGGCAUCUUCGGUCAAACUCGUGUGGUGUUCGGGAAAUUUGAAUUUUUGAUAUUUGGAUUUCGUUGUUAAUUCAAGUUUGGUUUGAAUAAAAGUGCAGUGUUUUUAAGGUUACAAUUAUUGUGUAAGAAAUCUCCAAAAUACCUCAAAAUAUGAAGCUGCUCCUAAUCUGCGCGUUAGCGGUGGUGUGCUUGGCAGAGCCUCCAGUGGACAAUAGGUACCUGCCCCCACAGUCGGGGGGCGGAGCACCCUCGGCCGUAUACGGAGCCCCCGGCGGUGGCUUCCAGAGGCAAACUGAUGCUGUGUUCAGAAGUCGUGGCUCAUCCCGCGCUGGUGGUCGCCGUCCUUCCACCCAGUACGGUGCUCCUCACUCCGGCCAGGGUCAAUUCAGCGCUCCAUCCACCCAAUACGGCGCCCCUGGACAAGGAAGCCAGCCCUCAUCGCAAUACGGAGCCCCAUCUGCCCAAUUUGGCCAAUCUGGCCAAUUCGGAUCUCCUUCCACCCAAUAUGGAGCCCCGUCUGCCCAAUAUGGAGCUCCUUCUGCUCAGUUCGGAUCCCCAUCUUCUCAAUAUGGUGCCCCAUCAGCUAAUGCUCCUUCUCAGCAGUAUGGUGCUCCCGGAUUCGGCGGAGCUGGUGGUCACUCCCAGGGCGGUUCCUUCGGUGGUCAGUCCUACAGAGGCCAGGAGCAGAGCCGUCAGUACUUGCCUCCUGGCUCUGGCUCUGGUGCUAACGGAUACGGCGCUGAUGAUGGCAGCAAUGGGGAGCCCGCUAACUACAACUUCGAGUACAUGGUGAAGGAUGACGAGUCCGGCAACGACUUCGGCCACCGGGAGUCCAGGCAGGGAGACAGGGCCGAGGGCCUGUACUACGUGCUGCUGCCUGAUGGCAGGAAACAGACUGUCCAAUACGAAGCUGACCAAGACGGCUACAAACCCAAGAUCUCCUACGAAGACACCGGUCUCGGCCAGGGAGGCUAUGACAGAAAUAGCCAAUCAGGCUACAGCGGCAACGGCAACGGCUACCAAGGCCAGGGCGGCUACUAAACGGCUAAUAAGUACCAACUAAAAGUCUAAAAAAUACAAUAACGUUUUUAGACUUCAAAUUGGCAUUAAUUUCAUUCAUAUUUUUUAUUAAUAAAAUUAAUGCCAUUGGACCUGAUAAAAUAUAGAACAUGUGAAAUUAUGGAAUUUGACAUUUGCUAUAUUUUAUCUAUGAACAAGAUUAGGCGGGAAUAUUUUUGAGGUUAUGUCUGUCAAAAAUGAAAAUUAUUAAUUUUAAUUAAUUGUGCCGUAAUAUUUCCUUUAUGUAUAUUGUUUAUAGAAGUCCUAUGUUAUUAAUUUGAAAGCUAAAUAAGUUAUGUGAAUGGAAAAUUAAUAUUUUCAUUUUUGACAAGACAUUUUGAGGUUAUUACUAAGACGACGACUUACGCUGUAUUUAAUGGAAACGAGUCAUUAAAAGACUAAUGUACAAAACGCUUAAUUAGUUGUAGGUUUGUUAGGGAAAAAAUCUAUAUAAAAUACUUUAUCUUCAAUAUUCUAUUUCAAAUACUAUUUCUCAUUAUUCUUUGAACUAUAAAAGGCCAGUAAUUUAAAUUAUUAUUCACAUAGAAAUGUAAAAGGACGAAUGAUAGACCGACACACUUUUCUAUUUUUAUAUAAAACCACUCUAUAGUUACCUAUCUUGUAUUUUUAUUAUGUAUUCAUUCAUAUGUUAUAAAUUUCAUUAGUACGUUAGUUCGCUUUAAUACAAUUAUUUUGUAAAUAAAUGAAUUUUAUAAUAA